AUGCAGAAAAUGAGAAUAGGUCUCGGAAAGGAUGCCAGGCAGUACCUCUCAAGCUCCAUCAGGACAAUGACCCUUCGCACCAAGUCUAAGGUCCAGAGAGCUCUGGACCAGGUUUUCAUCAAGAAUGUCUCUGACAACAACCCUUCGCUCAAGUCUGAGGUCCAGAGCACUCUGGAGCAGGUUUUCAUCAAGGAUGUCUCUGUACAUUGCUGCAUUCACCUUUCCCUCCAUCCUGAGGGAAAAACUGCUGCUGAAAAACAUCCCCACAGCAUGAUGGUGCCACCACCAUGCUUCACUGUAGGGAUGAGUCCUUCAGGUGCCUUUUACCAAGGAGUGGCUUCCGUCUGGCCACUCUACCAUACAGGCCUGAUUGGUGGAGUGCUGCAGAGAUGGUUGUUCUUCGGGAAGGUUCUCCUCUCCCCACAGAGAAAUGCUGGAGCUCUGUCAGAUGAUGUCAAUGAGUUUGUGAGGGACAGCGUAGUAAAUCUGUCCAAUCAGCUGAAACGCUACGAGAACUACUCUGACAUCAUGGUGAGCAUCAAGAAAGAGAUCUCCAGCCUGGGACUACAGCUGUUGCAGAAAGACGCAGCCUCUGACAGUAAAGCACAGGGCACAGAGAGUAAAAAGUCCAAGGAGGUCAUAAAAUCACCCAACAAGAAACCCCCAGCUGUCAAACCUCCACCCAAACAGCCUAAAGAGAAACCCAUCAAGCCCAAGAAAGAGGCUCCUGCCAAAGCAUCAAAACCUGUGAAGCCAGACCCCACCAGCAAAACCAAGACCUUAGUGCACCAGACGGGAGUCAUCAGGGGGAUCACAUACUAUAAAGCCUCCAAGACAGACAACUCUGAGUCACAUUCAGCGGGGAGAGGAGAGAGAGAAAACUCAGCCAAAACCCACGCUGGCCACCUAACCGAGGACAAAAGGGGCUCCAAGCUAGUUUUGGAAGAGUCUGAAAUAAUGUCGACUGUGCUGCCAAUAACAACCACUACGCUUGUUGCUGUGACAACAACAAGCACCACACUAGCAACCACCAGUGAAGUGCCUAUCAUGAAUUCAACCCUGUUUACACCAGCACCAGAGAAAGCAAUGGACAGUGGAGGAAAGACACACUUGCACAAAGCAGGUAAAUCUUUAGACUGUGAGGGCACACUGGCUUCAGUGGAGAUGCCAGAGAAGCAUCACAGUUAUGGACGGAAUGAAGGAGCCUGGAUGAAAGACCCAGUGGCCAAAGACAACAAGAUCUAUGUUACGAACUACUACUACGGAAAUAACCUGGUGGAGUUCCGCAACCUGGAAAAUUUCAAACAAGGUCGCUGGAGUAACCUCUACAAGCUUCCCUACAACUGGAUAGGAACCGGUCAUGUGGUCUACAACGGUACCUUCUAUUACAACAGAGCCUUCACCAAAAACAUCAUCAAAUAUGACUUGCGCGUGCGCUAUGUGGCAGCUUGGACUCAGCUUCAUGAUGCGGUGUAUGAGGACAUCACACCUUGGAAAUGGCGAGGACAUUCAGACAUCGAUUUCGCCGUAGACGAGAGUGGCCUCUGGGUGAUCUACCCAGCGCUGGAUUACGACUACUCGCAACACGAAGUCAUCGUCAUCAGUAAGCUGGACCCAAACGACCUGUCCAUGAAGAAGGAGACGACAUGGAGGACUGGGCUGAAGCGCAGCUCGUACGGAAACUGCUUCAUCGUGUGCGGCGUGCUGUAUGCAAUUGACGUGUACAACCAGAAAGAGGGUGAGAUUUUGUACGCCUACGAUACGCACACGAACACGGAGGCCGCUCCACGUUUGCCGUUCACUAAUGAGUACGCCUUUGUGACCCAAGUGGACUACAAUCCCAAAGAUAAGGUGCUGUAUGCCUGGGACAAUGGCCAUCAGAUGACCUACAAUAUUCACUUUGUGGGCCAGUGAAGUUUUGUCUAGAAUCUGACGCGGUGGCCGUCUUCUUUAAUUUGGCCUGGUGCAUAGGAAAAUACACCAUUUAUGGGAGCACAUUGCUUUCUUUAUUGGUAUGGUGAUUGAGAUAAAGUUUAAACUCUAUGGAAGCAGAAUAAAAAUAUAAAGAAGGUUAUUGUGAUGUUUUAUCUCACAAUUCUGACUU